ACGACCUACCAGACCUUUUCCCAUUGAGUUUAAAGAAGAGGAAGAUUUCAUUGAAGGAGACGAAAAAGAAGAUUUAGAUUAUGAACCAGAGAAUAUUCAGGAAGAUGAUUACUCUUCGGAUUCUGAUCAGUCUCUAGUUGAAGAUGACGAAGCCAUGCUUGAAGACGUUGACGAAGAUUCACAGUGAGUUAAUUUCAACCUUCGAUUGUUUUCCUGAUGGCUAUCCUAUUCUUGGUGUUCCUGAUUGCACAACUUCUGAUUCUUCUCAACAAACUGAUUCUCGUGACAGAUCAGUUCCACCUGCCAGGCCUUAUUCUCCAGACAGGCGGUCUUCUCCUAUCUGGACACCACUUCGUGUCAGAUCUAGAUCUCCUACCGCCAGGUGUAUUGUACCUACCAGGCUUCCUUCUUCUGAUGGAUCCGGAUAUGAACUUGAAGAACUUGAAUUUAUUCGGCUUAUUCCUAAUAAGAAUCCGCACCGGAUAUUUUUGCUUCAAAAAUACACUUUUGCUGAUAAUAAAGUACUUUAUUUAGCCAUUGGACAUAAUAAGUUUGUGCCUAUUAAAAACAAAGAACAAAUUGUACUAUCAACAUUUGGUGGUGAGGUAUUUGCCAUAUUGGAGAACAGUAACUUGCUGGCUGGAAUUUAUGGUCCUGGCAAAAGACGGGUGAGAGUAAACAUAGAAAGCGGCGCGACUACCCAAAUGACUCGAGGGGAAAUCAGGGAAGCUCAAGUAGGACCCCACCACCCAAUCAUUUGUUGUUUUAAAAUAGAAAAUAUAAAUCCUCGUGUAAACCACAAUACUCCAGACCAGUAACCCAAUUUAAGAAAAUUUUAAACUUGAAUAUAAUAUAU